AUGAAUAUUGAUCUAAGGAAUAUUAUCGAGAAAGGUUUUCAAUUCGCCGAGCAGGCUGAUUUUGAAGAUAAAGCACAUAACUAUGAGUUGGCUGUACAAGCAUAUUUGGAAGCCUCAGAUUGUUUAACACAUGGUACAAACUACGGAAUUAUGAACGAAGAAUUGAAGGAAAGUAUACAUGCUAAAGUCGAACGUUAUUUAAAACGAGUUGAAGAAAUCAAAAAUUUUAUGACGAAUGAAGCAACGAAAACAGAAGCAUUCAUUAAUGAUACUACAGAUUGUGAAAGUUUCAACGAUAAUAAAAACAAGGAAUAUGAGACUAAAGAUAUAAAUUCAAAACACAUUAUCAAAAGAUGUAUUGUCACUGAUUCAACAGUAACCUUUGAUGAUGUCCUCGGUUUAGCAAACGCUAAAACAGUAUUAUUCGAAGCUGUUAAAUUGCCUAUUAAAUUCCCAAAACUUUUUCAAGACAAACAAAACUUCUCAACUUCUAUCUUACUCUAUGGACCUCCUGGCAUUGGUAAAACCUAUUUAGCUAAGUCGCUUGCUGCUGAAUGUAAAACAACAUUUAUUUCUGUAAAUGCAUGGGGAUUUCAGCCAAAAUAUCUUAAUUACAAUGAAAAAUCUGUUAAUUCUAUAUUUGAAUUAGCUCGUCAACGGCAACCAUGUAUUUUAUUUAUUGAUGAUAUUGAUGGUUUGCCUGGACAACGUUAUGAUUCCGAAUCGGAAUUAUAUCAACGUAUAACACAAGAAUUUUUAAUUCAAACAGAAGAUAUUACAAUGAAUAAUACAGGUAUUUUUCUUGUUGCUGCCAGUAGUACUCCUUGGACACUUGAAGCAGCUAUUCGACAAAGAUUUAAAAAGCAAAUCUAUAUUCCAUUACCUGAAUUGAAUGAACGAGCAGCUAUGUUUAAAAUGUAUAUGAAUGCUAGUACUGAUAAUUAUAUUAUUAAUGAACAUGAAUGGAUGCAGUUAGCAGAAAAAACUGAAUAUUAUUCUAAUGCUGAUAUUAUGAUCGUUUGUCGUGAAGCAUUAUUCAGACCUCUUCGUCCACUCAUGUCAGCAACACAUUUCAAACGAAUGCCAAAUUUAAAAUGUGAUAGUUCUCGUGAACUUUGGUUUGCUUGUUCAUCCGAAGAUCCGAAUGCGGAAGUAGUCGCAAUAGAUAAAAUAGAACCUAAUGAAUUAUAUAUACCUCCAAUAACCAUGGCGGAUAUGUUAGCAGCUCUUCUCACAAUAAAACCUUCAAUAAACGAAUCGGAAAUGAUUAAAUAUCGAGAUUUUAGUGGCAAGUUUGCAGAGAAUGAAUCAUAA